UCAGUAUCACAAGUACAAGGAAGAUGUGAAGUUGAUGCAUGACAUGGGCCUAGAUGCCUACAGAUUCUCUAUCUCCUGGAGCAGAGUCAUUCCUAAUGGUAGAGGGCCAGUUAAUCCAGAAGGGGUGCAGUAUUAUAAUAACUUGAUCAAUGAACUCAAGAAAUAUGGAAUUGAACCUCAUGUCACUCUUCUUCACUUUGACCUCCCCCAAUCUUUGGAAGAUGAAUAUUCUGGACUCUUGAGCCCAAAGAUUGUGUACAUUUCUACUACAGCCCUUUCAUUUGCAUCUCCUCGAAUAAUGUCUAAGAUAGUGUCCAUUGUGAUGCAGAGAGGACUUCACUGCUUAUGCUGA